CUGCAAAUUCUGAGACUCAGAACUCAACAAUCUCCAGAGAGGCCAGCACUCAGUCCUCAUCAGUCACAACCAGCCAAGGCUAUGUUUUACCAGAAGGAAAAAUAAUGCCAAACACUGUUUUUGUUGGUGGAAUUGAUGUUAGGAUGGAUGAAACUGAGAUUAGAAGUUUCUUUGCUAGAUACGGUUCUGUAAAAGAAGUGAAAAUAAUCACGGAUAGAACUGGUGUGUCCAAAGGCUAUGGAUUUGUCUCAUUUUAUAAUGAUGUGGAUGUGCAGAAGAUAGUAGAUUCACAGAUAAAUUUCCAUGGUAAAAAGCUGAAACUGGGCCCUGCAAUCAGGAAGCAAAAUUUAUGUGCUUAUCAUGUGCAGCCACGUCCUUUGGUUUUUAAUCCUCCACCACCACCACAGUUUCAGAGUGUUUGGAGUAGUCAAAACACUGAGACUUACAUGCCACCUCCAGCUGUGAUGAAUCCUAUAACUCAAUAUGUUCAGGCAUAUCCUCCUUAUCCAAGUUCACCAGUUCAAGUCAUCACUGGAUAUCAACUGCCUGUAUAUAAUUAUCAGAUGCCACCACAGUGGCCUACGGGGGAACAAAGAAGCUAUGUUAUACCACCGUCUUACGCAGCUGUUAACUACCACUGUAAUGAAGUCGAUCCAGGAGUUGAUACUCUGCCAAGUGAGUGUUCAGUUCAUGAAGCUGCCCCAUCCACUGGCAGUGGCCCACAAAAGAAGUCAGUGGACCGGAGCAUUCAGACGGUGAUAUCUUGUCUGUGUAAUCCAGAGAGCCGACUGAGAAAUGCCCUUGUUACCCAAGAUGACUACUUUAAGGAUAAAAGAGUGCAUCACUUCAGAAGAAGUCGGGCAGUGCUUAAAUCUGUUUGAUCCUCUUUGCUAAUUUGGUAGUCUCAUGGGGGGUUGCUGACUUUGAAGAAGAGACAAAGUUUUUCAGUAUUAUAGAAAUAACCUGAAUUUUGGUAAAUCACACUCAUACUUUAUGUACAAGUUAGAUUAGAUGACCUAGUUUUACUUUACAAAUUGUUGUUCUUAGCCCUUUAUUUAGAAAUUAGUUCUGUGUUGAAUAUGUAGUUG